AUGGAUCUACUCCUGCCACUCGUCUCGCUUCUUCUGAUUACUGGAGGAGGCAGUCAUCAUGUGAGCUUCGCCAAUGCGGCCACGGCGAACUCGGUGACGCCGAGGGCGUACUGGGAGGCGGUGCUUCCCGGAACUCCAAUGCCCCCAGCCGUCAGCGACCUGUUACUCCAACAAGAAGUGCGUGCCUCUCUAGAUGGUGUUGACCUCAAGUUUGUCAAAGGACUACGAAAAAUUGGACCAUAUUAUAAGAAACUCAAGUCAGAAGCUGAUCAAGGGGAAGACCAUAGUCAUGCUGCAUCACAAGCUGAACAUAAUUUCAAGGAGGUCUCUUUGUCGUAUGGAUCAAAAGAUGGAGACAAUUUAAAGGAGGUCUCUGUGUCAUAUGGGGCAAAAGUUGGAGAGAGACCUAAAAAAGUUUUGGUAUCUUAUGGGGUAGGUGACAAAGAUGUUCCAAAGAGAGACUUCGUGGCACAAGAAGGAGAUGUAAAGGAGGUUUCUCUGUCAUAUGUAUCAAAAGGUGGAAAUAAUUUAAAGGAAGUAUCUGUGUCAUAUGGAUCAAAAGAUAGAGAGAGUCUGGAAGAAGUCUCAGUAUCUUAUGGAAUAGAUGGAAAAUAUGUUCCAAAGAAAGACUUUGUGGCACAAGAAGAAGACCUAAAAGAAGUCUCAGUGUCAUAUGGGUUAGAUGAAGGAAAAAAUGAACAUAUUGAAGUCUUAAAUCAAGGUGAAGAUGAUCCACAUAGAGUUACAAUGUCAUAUAGGUCAGAACAAGAAGAUGAUCCCAAUAAAGCUACAAUGACAUAUAGGUCAGAACAAGAAGAAGAUCCACAUAAAGUUACACUGUCAUAUGGGUCAGAACAAGAAGAUGAUCCCAAUAAAGCUACAAUGACAUAUAGGUCAGAACAAGAUGAAGAAGAUCCACAUAAAGUUACAAUGUCAUAUGGGCUGGAACAAGAAGAUGAUCCCAAUAAAGCUACAAUGACAUAUAGGUCAGAACAACAAGAAGAAGAUCCACAUAAAGUUACAAUGUCAUACGGGUCAAACCAUGAAGAGCAUACAAAUAAACUUACAAUGACAUAUGGGUCAGAAGAUGAAGUGGAUCCAAAUAAAGCUACAAUGUCAUAUAGGUCGGAACAUGAAAAUGACCUAAAGACCGUUUCUACGGGGCAUAUGACACACAUAGAAGGAAAGCCGAGCCACCAUGUCCACUCUCAUAGCCACAAGACCAAAAGACACGCGGAUGUUUUCUUCUUCCACGACAUGCUGCGGCCAGGGUCAAUGAUCACCCCAACCAUCCCGCCGACCAACUCCAUCCCGACGCUUCUUCCCCGCCACGUCACAGUGGAGCCUGAAGCACCCGUUCUUUGCGCUGCACAAUGUCAAGCCAGGGGAUGUCGCUGUGUGCCACUUCCUCACCAAGCUAAGCGUCGUUUGGGUGCAGGCCGGCGAGCCCGGAAACGCACAUGCGGCGGCCCGGUAGGCUGGAAAACACGUGUGUGUCGGGAUGUGUGA